AUGGUAAAGUUACUGACUCUUUUCAGCUUUGCAAUAUUAUUUCAAGAAAUUAGCACAAAUUAUGAGGAGCAGAAGAAAACAAUAGUGGAACUGCAAACACGUAAUGGUAUGAUGCGUGGUUAUGAGUCUGUUAUACUUGGUAAACGUGUUCGGUCAUUUCUCAGUGUCCCAUUCGCAGAACCACCUGUUGGAGAUAAUCGAUUUCGACCACCAAUAGCAAAACAACCGUGGAAGGAAAUCAUUAAUGUUACUGUUCCAUCACCUGCAUGCUAUCAGGGUCGGGAUACAUAUAAUGAAACAUUCUGGGGUUCCGAAAUGUGGAAUGCUAAUACGCCGGUUCAGGAAGACUGUCUCCGAUUGAAUAUUUGGACGCCAGCAGAUGCACACAAUUUGACAACAAUGGUGUGGUUAUUUGGUGGUGGUUAUUAUUCGGGCAGUCCGUCCCUAAUUUUGUAUGAUGGGAAAGCUAUGGCAGUUACCAGUAAUGUUGUUGUUGUUAAUAUUAAUUAUCGUCUUGGGCCAUUUGGAUACCUGUAUCUUGAUCAUGAUGAUGCUCCGGGUAACAUGGGAAUGUUAGAUCAGCAAUUGGCAUUUCGUUGGAUUCAUGAUAAUAUCAUUUCUUUUGGUGGAAAUCCUUCUCGAGUGACUCUGUUUGGUGAGUCAGCUGGUGCAGCAUCCAUUGUUGCACAUCUGAUUGCUCCGGGAAGUCGCGGUCUCUUCAAACGAGGUAUUCUACAAUCUGGUAGUCUGGACAAUAAAUGGUCAUUAGAUUCACCUCAACGUGCUAUGCAGAAAAGCCUUGCAUUAGCUAGGCAUCAUGGCUGCCAAAUGAAAAAGAUAACGGAUACCAUUGAAUGCCUAAAGUCAAUACCAGCUGCAAAAUUAAUUGAUGGUAUGUGGAAUGACUUGGAAUUUCUAGAAUUUCCAUUCGCGAUUGUUUCGAAAGAUCGUAAUUUCUUUAAAGAAUAUGAUGCAUACAAAGCACUACGAAAUGGUAAUCAUAGCAUGGAUGUUGAUUUAAUGAUUGGUAUUAAUCAUGAUGAAGGUAAUUAUUGGAAUAUUUACUUUCUUCCACAAUAUUUUGACAAGCCAGAGCAGCCGCUAUUAAAUCAAGAUGAUUUUCUGGAUUGUAUUAAUACUGCAUUCAAAGUACAACCAAAGUUGGUUCGUCAAGCAGCUGCUUUCACUUACAGGGAUCGACAUUGCGAGAAUACCGCUCAGAAAAAUGAAUUUUAUGCUGAACAGAUCAAUCAAAUGGUUGGUGAUUACUUUUUUACAUGUGACAGCAUUUGGUUUGCCGAACAUAUGAAAAAAGGAGAUGGCAAAAUUUACGUCUAUUACUUUGAUCAGCGUUCCACCGCUAAUCCAUGGCCUGAAUGGGCAGGUGUUAUGCAUGGCUAUGAAAUUGAAUUUGUAUUUGGUGUACCACUUUACAAUAGAACUGCUCCUUAUACCAAUCAGGAACGUAUUUUCAGUAAAAAAAUAUUGAAAUACUGGACCAAUUUUGCCAAUUAUGGACGACCGGAUUUGGAGGGUCAAAAUCACGUUCGUUGGCCGGAAUAUCGUGAAACCGAAAAGUGGAUGUACUUAAGAUAUGAUACCCAAAAUGGUUCCAUUGAAAGGCGAAAACAAGAAGAGUGUGAAUUAUGGAGAAAUGUGAAGGAUUUAGAAUUCGCUGACUAUUUGAAAGAAAAUAAUAGUCCCAAACGAUGGAUAUUUUCAUACGGAUUUACAUUAAUUGUACUCUGCUUAUUGCUCACAGUUCAUUCUAUCAGGUGGUAA